UUUUGAUUUUAAGCGAGAGAUAGAUAGAGAGAGAUGGCGACGUACUUCCAUGGGAAUUCCGAGAUUCAAGGAGGAGACGGACUUCAAACCCUUGUACUCAUGAACCCUACCUACGUCCAAUACCACCACGACGCUCCUCCUCCUCAGCCACCGCCACCGCACUCCGACCUCCUCUUCCUGAACUCCUCUUCCAACAACCUCUCUUCGCCGUCGGCUCAGCUCUCCCACGUGCCUUCUCACCAGCAAUUCGUCGGCAUACCCUUACCUAACUCCUCUACCGCGACCGCGCAUUCUCAGGACCCUAACGACAUUUCCGGGUUUUACGGACUCAUACCUCGUCUCCACUACAACCUCUAUAACAAUAUCGACCACCACGCUCCCACUCCUCGUGACACUCCACGCGCCCAACAGGGAUUGUCUUUAACUCUGUCUUCUCAGCAGCAACCGGGUUAUGGGUCGACGCAGCAGGCACAGCCGGCGUCGGGUGGGUCGGCGCCAUCUGGAUCGGGUGUGAAAAAUGGGGUAUCGGAUCUUCAGGGUGUGUUGUUGAGCUCCAAGUACCUGAAGGCUGCUCAGGAUUUGCUUGAUGAGGUGGUUAAUGUCAACGGUAACGAAAUUAAGAGCGACUUGCUGUCGAAGAAAAGUAAUGGGACUGGUAGUGGUAAUACGAAGGCGGCAGGAGAAUCGUCGGUGGUAGGAAGUGGAGAUGGGUCGGGUGGUGGUGGGGAAGCGGGUGGGAAAAACGUUGCGGAGCUUACCACUGCCGAGAGGCAGGAAAUUCAGACGAAGAAAGCAAAGCUUGUGAACAUGCUUGAUGAGGUGGAGCAGAGGUACAGGCAGUACCAUCACCAGAUGCAGAUUGUGAUAUCAUCAUUCGAGCAAGCAGCAGGGAUUGGGUCUGGAAAGACAUACACAGCUCUUGCACUGCAGACAAUCUCCAAGCAAUUCCGGUGCCUGAAAGAUGCAAUUACAGGCCAAAUUCGAGCAGCAAACAAGAGCUUGGGUGAAGAAAAUGGCAUUACAGGAAAGAUUGAGGGUUCGAGGCUUAAAUUCGUCGAUCACCACCUUCGACGACAACGAGCCCUGCAACACUUGGGAAUGAUCCAGCAUAAUGCUUGGAGACCUCAAAGAGGAUUGCCAGAAAGAUCUGUCUCUGUUCUCCGCGCUUGGCUCUUCGAGCACUUUCUCCACCCCUACCCAAAGGAUUCAGACAAGCACAUGCUCGCUAAACAAACGGGGCUCAGUCGGAGCCAGGUGUCCAAUUGGUUCAUAAAUGCUCGAGUUCGUCUUUGGAAGCCAAUGGUGGAAGAAAUGUACUUGGAGGAGAUCAAGGAACAUGAACAGAAUGGCGGAUCAGAUGAAAAAACAAGCAAGAGCGAACGCAAUGAAGAUUCAGCAUCCAAGUCCACUGCUCAGCAAGAGAAAAGUUCAGCCACUGUAAACCAAACAAUAAGUCUCAAAUCCAAGGACAAUUCCACAAACCAGAAUGCUCCUUCUGCCAUUUCAAUGUCCACGGCUUUAUCGUCUCCGGUGGGAGGAAAUGUUCGGAACCAUUUGGGAUUCUCCUUCAUUGGGUUAACGGAGCUGGAUGAUGUCACCCAAGGAAGUCCAAAGAAACCCAGAACCAAUGAAAUGAUCCAAUCCCCAACUAGUGUUCCAGGUGAGGUAAACAAUGAACAGGUCUCAAUGAAAUUUGGCAAUGAGAGGCAGGGCAGAGAUGGUUACCUCUUCAUGGGUGGCCAAAACAACUUCAUUGGAGGUUUUGGACAAUAUUCGAUUGGAGAGAUUGGAAGAUUUGACGCAGAACAAUUCACACCAAGGUUUUCAGGCAACGGUGUUUCCCUAACACUUGGUCUUCCUCACUGUGAAAACCUUUCCUUAUCUGCAACCCACCAACCUUUCCUCCCUAACCAGAACAUUCAGCUGGGAAGAAGAGUAGACAUGGGAGAACCAAAUGAAUUUGGAGCCAUUAACAGUUCCACGCCGCACUCCUCCACAGCAUAUGAGGACAUGGAAAUGCAGAACCGAAAGAGGUUUGUAGCACAAUUGUUGCCAGACUUUGUGGCCUAAUAAUUAAGUAUUGACUAUGACAAUGAAUAAGUGAAGGAGGUAUCCGUUGCUUCCUGGGACUCGGUCUUUCACUAUGCUCUCUGUUACUUAAGGGAGCACGCACACAGCUUUGUUGUGUAAAGAAAUAACAGAUUUACAUAGUAAUAGGCUUAUACAUUGCAUAGAACCAUUUCAGAUUUUAGAUAGCAUAGGAUUUGAUAGCAUAUGAUAUGAGGAUUGUAUAUAUUAUUUUUGUAACUUUUCAAGAUGGGGUAGAUGGAUUGAUGUUGUAAGGAUUAGUUAUUUGGAAUAUACCAAUACCAAUAUAUGUUGAUUGUGGACUAAUAAUGCAAUCUCCAUAAAAUAAGGGAGAUA